AUGUCUUUGGAAUAGGAGAGGAAGGUUUGUUAAAAACAUUAGAUGGAGAUAACAACAAUUGAUUUAAAGUAAUCAACGAGUAAGGAGGAGAAAUACCUUUGUAUAAAGUGUUUAAUAGAGAAGAUUGAUAUAUAAAAUAUGGUUUUGGUGGAUGAGACUAAAAUUAUGAUUAAGGAGAUGAAAAGUGAAUAAUAAACACUGAAAAUUAAGGAAAAUUAAAGAAGAAUAGAAACAUUUAAAUAAAUUCAAUGUUUGAUUAAAGAAUACAAAGUUUAAGUUGAGAAUGUUAUUGAAAAGAUAAUAAUUAAUAUUCAUUAGAAAAUAUAAUUAAUUGAAAAGGAUUUAGAAGAAUUAGAUUAAAAAUCUAAAAUUUAUAAAUUUGAAGAUGAAGUUGAAAUUCUAUCAUCAAAUUAUAAAGGAAGUUUUAAUUAUGAAAUUCCUAUAGAAUUUGAUAAAUUAGAAGAUGAUAAUCAAUUUUAUGAUUCUCUCUAAUCAAUGUUUUAAUCAUUUACAAAUAAUCACUCAUAUACAUAAGUUAUUGAUAUAUUAUAAUCGAAUCAAAAAAUUGAAAAGUCAAAGGAAAUUAAAGUAUCUAGUAUAUAAAAAGAGAAACAAUUAGAUAAAUCAGUAAUUAUUAUAUAUAUAUAUUAAUAUUUAGAAAACACCAUCUCUCAAUAUCAAAUGCAAUAAACAUGGAAAAGAAAUAAUAAUGUUGAAUUUAGAACCAAAUGAAACUUAAACUUCAAGAUUAGCAUGUGUUGAUUGUAUACAUUAUAAUAAUCCUAUUAAAUACACUUCAUUAUAAGAUGCAGGGAUUAAAUGGGAUGAAUUUAAAGGUAAAACUGAAGAUAAAAUUAAAUUAUUUUAAAAUCAAAGAUCACUUUAAUAAGAAAUGAUUAUAUAAAAUCUAAAGGAAAUGAGAGAAUAAUAUACAUUAAUAUUAAAUGAAUUGAUAGAUAAAUUGAAUAAUGAAUAAUAAUUAACUCAAUUAUUAUAAUUUAAUCAGUCAAAUCAAAUGGAUAUUUAUGAAUUCAAUUAAGAAUAAAUAGAUGAACUUACUUUAAUAUUAAGUAAAUAAGAUAAAUUUAAAGCUUUAUAAGAUUAAUAAAUUAAUAUUGAAAAAGAAGAUUAAAUUAAAUAUAAUUUAAUAAUUAAUAAUCUAAUGAGCUUAUUUGAAUUUGAAUUAUUAAAAAGAGAAGACAUCUUGAAGAUUUUCAAAAACGAUUAAUCUAUUUUAAAUACAAUCUAAAUUGAAGAUUCAAAAAUAAACAAUAUUUAGAUCUAAAAUAUGAAUCAAAUUCUAAGGAAAAUCUAAAAGUUUGAUGCUUAUCAUGGCAUUUUCAAUUAAGCCUUGAAUUUAUAUAAAUCUAUUAUCUAAAAUAUCUCUGAUUUAUCAAUUCAACAAUAAACUAUCAAUAAUGAAUAAUAAUUAAAUGAAGAAAAGAUUAUUGAAUCUAAUAUUGUAAUUAAUGAACAAUAUGAAGGAACAAUUUAGAAAUUCAUAAAAGAUACUAUAGAAAUUAAAAGACUUUUAAUGGUUGAUUAAUUGUAAUAAGAACUAAAAACUAAAUAAAAUGAAAUUGAUUCAAAUUCAUUAAAAAUUAUUUAAUUUUAAGACAAUUAAUCAAAAUUAGAAUCCUUAUUAAAUUCAUUAUAAUUCAAAUAUGAUGAUUCAAUUAAGUAAAAUGACAUUUUGAAUAAACAAAAUCAAUCUACUCUAAAUAAUUUAACUAAAACACAAGAAGAUUGUAAUAAUUGUAAUUUAUUAUAUUUUAUAUAUUUUAGAGAUUUCUUAAAUUACUAAUCUUAAUUAAUUAUUGAAAAAUAAAGAAAAUGAUAUUAAGAAACUUAAUAAAUAAUUAUAAGAUACAUUAGAUUAAUUGAAAUCGUUACAAAAAGAUUCUCAAGAUAUAACAUAUUUAUAAAGAUAGAUUUAAAUAGUAUGAUAUUAUAAAUCCUAUUAGUAGUAGUAAUUAGAUUAAUAUCCUUAAAGUUUAACAUUUUCAUAAUCAUUUAAACAUAAUAGUUGUUAAAUUUCAUAAAAUGGAAAGGUUGUUGUCGAAACUGCUAAUAAUGGUAAUUGGUUUUGUUGUAUUUGCGAUUAAAUGAUUCCAAAACAUGGAUUAGUUAAAUUUGCAUUUAAAAUAUUAGAUAAUAUUUAAGUAAUGUUAGGAAUAGGUUUUAGAGAUAUUAUAUAAAAGAAUAAUUAUCAAACUGCUUAUCGUAUUGGAAAAGGGUAUUUAUUAUAAUUAAGUAUCUUAUAAUAGAACAUAUUUUAUAUAUUAUGAUGGCAGAUGUUUCAAUCAUGAUUAAUAAGAUAAAGAUGAUAAAUAAUUAUCAUUUAAAUUCACCACAAAUGAUAUGAUAAUAAUGGAAGUUGAUAUUACAAAUAAGUAUAUUAAAUGGAUUAAGCAAUCAACAAAUGAAUCAUUCGUAAAUAUUCAACCCUAUAUUAAGACACUCAACAUAGACACAUCAUAAGAUCUUUAUCCAUGUGUGAAUUUAGGUUAUAAGUCAAAAGUAGAAAUACUAACAUUAUUCAACAAAUGA